AUGAAGAACUUCUCACUGCUCGUUGCUAUCUUUUUAUUUGAAACAGAUACUUGCAACUGCUCAAGCUGGGACUUCCCAUUUUGCAAGCAGCUUCAAGAUUGGGACAAUGAAUUGAUAUGCUACAGAGAAGCAAGUGAAGAUCUGACAUGUACCUGGUUGCCAGUACCCAGUGCUCCAAAUACUGUUACUUAUACUGUAAUCUUAAAAUGGGAAAGGAUCACAAAACUUUUGCAAAGAAACACAUCAACGCCUUACAUCACAAUAGAACGGAAGGAUCUUUACAUGAAACGCUCUGCAUCUAUCUGGAUAGCUGUGAACUAUGCCCAUGAGCGCUGUUUGAAAGGGAAGAACAUCUCAGUGACACCAAGCAAAGCAGGGAAGUGCUUGACACCAUCUAGCGUAAAUGCUCAGCAGAUCACAAACGAAGUGAUAAUAAAAUGGGACCUGCCUGCAACUCCUACAAAAUAUGAGCUGAGAUACAGAGAGGCACUCAGAGAAUCCACUCAGUGGACAUUGGUGACCGCAGAAAGCAAUGCUGUCAACAUCACUAUUUCAAACUUAAAUGUUAUGUCUUCAUACAUUGUUCAGCUCAGAUGCAUAGCCAAGAAUGAUCAUCACUGUGUUUGUGUUUGGAGUAGAGAGAUUUUGGUCCCUCACAAGCUCACUAACAAGCCAAUACUAUCAUAUAACACAACUACAGAAAUCUCUCCAGGCAGAAGAAGCGUUCUUCUUAAGUGGGAGGUAGCACAAAGCAGGAAUGUCCUUGGAUACUAUGUUAAUGUAGAAAGAGUGCCAAACAGUUGCAUGCGUUUACCAGAACGCAUUAUUCUAAAGGACCAAAAAAUUCUUCUAAAUCUCUCUAUGGCUUAUUAUAGAAUUAAUAUUUCUGCCUAUAACCAAGCAGGAGAAUCUCCACAAACCAUUUAUGUUGUCCCGGAUUUCUCUGCAACAGACUUACCUGGCCAAAUCAACGUCAAACCUCAGGGAACUAAUACGGUUGUCACCUGGACUCCAGAAUACAAACCAAAAUGUUUUGUGGUUGACUGGGGCACUAGUAAAGAGGAUAUGCGCAUGAAAAUAAUAGCUACAGCUACCAGAAAUUUCACACUAGACAACUUUCAGCCUUAUAAGUUGUACAAAAUAAUGGUACAUGGAUCUGAUGUAUGUCACUGUGAAAAUUUCACAAGACAAGAAAAGACUUUCGGAGCGACCCACUUUUACUCAGUUGAAGGAGUUCCUAGAAUAGGUCCCACUAACGUGACAGUUCUGAAUAUCACAAAGCAUACUGCAGUUGUGAAGUGGACUGAAAUAGCUGCUGAAGACUGUUUGGGCUUUCUCCAGGGAUACAGAAUAAGCUACAUAGAUUCAGCAAGAACAAAAUCCCUGGCUAUAACUGUCAAUUCUUCUACCAUGAGUUACCAUCUUACCGGACUUAAGGAAAAGACUAUCUACCGUGUGCAGAUAUCAGGAUUCACCAAAGCCGGAGAAGGACCUCAGACUCUUUCACAACCUUUCAGGACUCCAAAAUACGAUAAAGGAGAAUUUGAAGGUUUUGUUACUGGCCUUUGCUUCAGUAUGAUGCUCAUUCUGGUUUUUGCACCUCUCACUUGUUCUCUGAUGCUUAAAAGGUUGAAAGAAUGGUGCUGGCCUAGGGUACAAAAUCCAAGAAACAGCACUGCAAUCCAAGAUAUGACUAAUUGGAAACCCAUCUCAAGAUCACUGCUUGAGGCCCUGACAGACAAUGAUACCACCAGCCUGUAUGUCAUAGAGCAUGAGUCAAAGGCUCCCUUGAACCUAGAGCUCUUUAAACAUGAUGUAGAAGAUGACAGCAAGUGUGACACACGCCAGUCAGAAACACUUAGGAAUAACAUAGACAUAAGCCUAAGGCACACACAAAUCCCUGAAAAAGCUGUUACAAGUGAAAAUGAAGGGGUCAUUUCCAUUACAGUACCACUCUUGAGUGACUACACGAGCAUGGAUUUGAGCCAGAAAGCCCUGAUGAGUCUAACAGUGAAGCUGCCUGCAAGAGCUGCUCAUCCUCAUCUGGAAACGAAGCUAAGCAAUAAGCCAACAAAAACUGAGCAACAGGUUUUGUUUGCUCCUCAAGACUACCUGAAACAAAGCCAGGUCAUAUUUACACCAUCUGGACCAACUUUAAGAGGACAUAUCAAUUUGACCUGA